AUGGCGAGGAAGAGUUCCCCCGGCGGCGGCAAGUCCCGGGUGGAGGAACCUGUGUCAUCCGGUGGUGUGGUUUACCGCUGGGUGGCUGACCAAUUGGAAAUAGUGCUUUGCGGUCGGGAUGAACCGGCCCGCUGGAGUCUGGCGAAAGGAACCCCCGACCUCGGCGAAACCCUUGAGGAAACUGCCUUGAGGGAAGUGCAGGAAGAGACGGGGUUGGAACCGGUCAUUGAAAAACGCAUUCGCAGCAUAGACUAUUGGUUCUCAAAUAAAGACGAUGAUGUGCGCUAUCACAAGACGGUGCACUUCUACUUGAUGAGAUCGACUGGUGGUGAUACCAGCCUUCACGACCCCGAAUUUGAUGUGGUCCAAUGGUUUCCCUACGAUGAGGCUGUUACGAGGCUGGCUUACCCCAAUGAAGCCGAUGUUCUCAGGCAGGCUUAUGACCUGAUCUCUCAAAGGGAGAGGACCAUCUAA